GGAAUAUUUGGCAGUUACUGUUCAUACAGUACUAUGAUAGUCUUAGACUGGUGUUUAUCCUACUUCCGGUUUCCUGGAUCCAGGGCGCUCAUUGACUCCACAGGCUGUCACAGAAUCCGCGCGUGCGCAUUUCGACGUCAAGACCGCUGUGUCUGCGCGCUAUGAUGACGUCAAAAGUGACGGACGUUCUGCUACAGUUAGUUCCUCCACGUGAAGUAGCGAUAUCUGGCUGAGAAGUCGUCCGGUCGCGGAGCCCGAGCUAUCGGAGGGCAGCAUGAAGGAGACUCCGCUUUCUAACUGCGAGCGGGCGUUCCUGCUCCAGGCCAUCACCGAGAAGAAGGUGUGAGCGCACCCAGCGUGCUGCUAUUAGGGAGAGCCAGCCCCGCACUGCCUCUAUAUGUAUUAUAUUACCAUAUCUUAUAGCUCUGGGAACCUGCAUGGAAUACACAGCGUGCUGCUAUUAGGGAGAGCUAGCCCUGCACUGCCUCUAUAUGUAUUAUAUUACCAUAUCUUAUAGCUCUGGGAACCUGCAUGGAAUACACAGCGUGCUGCUAUUAGGGAGAGCUGGCCCCGCACUGCCUCUAUAUGUAUUAUAUUACCAUAUCUUAUAGCUCUGGAAACCUGCAUGGAAUACACAGUGUGCUGCUAUUAGGGAGAGCCGGCCCUGCACUGUCUCUAUAUGUAUUAUAUUACCAUAUCUUAUAGCUCUGGAAACCUGCAUGGAAUACACCGCGUGCUGCUAUUAGGGAGAGCUGGCCCCGCACUGCCUCUAUAUGUAUUAUAUUACCAUAUCUUAUAGCUCUGGAAACCUGCAUGGAAUACACCGCGUGCUAUUAGGGAGAGCUGGCCCUGCACUGUCUCUAUAUGUAUUAUAUUACCAUAUCUUAUAGCUCUGGAAACCUGCAUGGAAUACACAGCGUGCUGCUAUUAGGGAGAGCCAGCCCCGCACUGCCUCUAUAUGUAUUAUAUUACCAUAUCUUAUAGCUCUGGAAACCUGCAUGGAAUACACAGCGUGCUGCUAUUAGGGAAAGCUGGCCCUGCACUGCCUCUAUAUGUAUUAUAUUACCAUAUCUUAUAGCUCUGGGAACCUGCAUGGAAUACACAGUGUGCUGCUAUUAGGGAGAGCCGGCCCUGCACUGUCUCUAUAUGUAUUAUAUUACCAUAUCUUAUAGCUCUGGAAACCUGCAUGGAAUACACAGUGUGCUGCUAUUAGGGAGAGCCGGCCCCGCACUGCCUCUAUAUGUAUUAUAUUACCAUAUCUUAUAGCUCUGGGAACCUGCAUGGAAUACACAGCGUGCUGCUAUUAGGGAGAGCUGGCCCCGCACUGCCUCUAUAUGUAUUAUAUUACCAUAUCUUAUAGCUCUGGGAACCUGCAUGGAAUACACAGUGUGCUGCUAUUAGGGAGAGCCGGCCCUGCACUGUCUCUAUAUGUAUUAUAUUACCAUAUCUUAUAGCUCUGGAAACCUGCAUGGAAUACCCAGCGUGCUGCUAUUAGGGAGAGCUGGCCCCGCACUGUCUCUAUAUGUAUUAUAUUACCAUAUCUUAUAGCUCUGGAAACCUGCAUGUAAUACACAGCGUGCUGCUAUUAGGGAGAGCUGGCCCCGCACUGCCUCUAUAUGUAUUAUAUUACCAUAUCUUAUAGCUCUGGAAACCUGCAUGGAAUACACAGCGUGCUGCUAUUAGGGAGAGCUGGCCCUGCACUGCCUCUAUAUGUAUUAUAUUACCAUAUCUUAUAGCUCUGGAAACCUGCAUGGAAUACACAGCGUGCUGCUAUUAGGGAGAGCUGGCCCCGCACUGCCUCUAUAUGUAUUAUAUUACCAUAUCUUAUAGCUCUGGAAACCUGCAUGGAAUACACAGCGUGCUGCUAUUAGGGAGAGCUGGCCCUGCACUGUCUCUAUAUGUAUUAUAUUACCAUAUCUUAUAGCUCUGGGAACCUGCAUGGAAUACUCAGUGUGCUGCUAUUAGGGAGAGCUAGCCCUGCACUGUCUCUAUAUGUAUUAUAUUACCAUAUCUUAUAGCUCUGGAAACCUGCAUGGAAUACACAGCGUGCUGCUAUUAGGGAGAGCUAGCCCUGCACUGCCUCUAUAUGUAUUAUAUUACCAUAUCUUAUAGCUCUGGGAACCUGCAUGGAAUACACAGUGUGCUGCUAUUAGGGAGAGCCGGCCCCGCACUGUCUCUAUAUGUAUUAUAUUACCAUAUCUUAUAGCUCUGGAAACCUGCAUGGAAUACACAGCGUGCUGCUAUUAGGGAGAGCUGGCCCUGCACUGUCUCUAUAUGUAUUAUAUUACCAUAUCUUAUAGCUCUGGAAACCUGCAUGGAAUACACAGCGUGCUGCUAUUAGGGAGAGCUAGCCCUGCACUGUCUCUAUAUGUAUUAUAUUACCAUAUCUUAUAGCUCUGGAAACCUGCAUGGAAUACACAGCGUGCUGCUAUUAGGGAGAGCUGGCCCUGCACUGCCUCUAUAUGUAUUAUAUUACCAUAUCUUAUAGCUCUGGAAACCUGCAUGGAAUACACAGCGUGCUGCUAUUAGGGAGAGCCGCCCUGCACUGUCUCUAUAUGUAUUAUAUUACCAUAUCUUAUAGCUCUGGAAACCUGCAUGGAAUACACAGCGCUGCUAUUAGGGAGAGCUGGCCCUGCACUGCCUCUAUAUGUAUUAUAUUACCAUAUCUUAUAGCUCUGGAAACCUGCAUGGAAUACACCGCGCUAUUAGGGAGAGCUGGCCCUGCACUGUCUCUAUAUGUAUUAUAUUACCAUAUCUUAUAGCUCUGGAAACCUGCAUGGAAUACACAGCGUGCUGCUAUUAGGGAGAGCUGGCCCCGCACUGCCUCUAUAUGUAUUAUAUUACCAUAUCUUAUAGCUCUGGAAACCUGCAUGGAAUACACAGCGUGCUGCUAUUAGGGAGAGCUGGCCCCGCACUGCCUCUAUAUGUAUUAUAUUACCAUAUCUUAUAGCUCUGGAAACCUGCAUGGAAUACACAGCGUGCUGCUAUUAGGGAGAGCUGGCCCCGCACUGCCUCUAUAUGUAUUAUAUUACCAUAUCUUAUAGCUCUGGAAACCUGCAUGGAAUACACAGCGUGCUGCUAUUAGGGAGAGCUAGCACUGCACUGUCUCUAUAUGUAUUAUAUUACCAUAUCUUAUAGCUCUGGAAACCUGCAAAAAAUGUUUUCCUGGCACUGUAGCUUCCACCUGUGUCAAGGCCCACCCCGUUGGUGCAGAGGGGGUUAAUAACCCCUUCUGUCACUUACCUGGGUCCCUCGCCGCUGGCUCAGCUCCGCCCACACCCUGCCGACAUCUGCUGGCAGGAGACCUAAUGGGCAUGUGCAGCAAUGGCCGUGCUCGCAUUAGGAUUUCCCCAUGGGGAAGAAUUAUUCAAUGCUUUCCUAUGGGGAUUCCGGUGACGCUGGAGGUCCUCAUGCAUGGCGCGAGUAUGUCCAGCGUCGUUUAGGCGACCAAAAGUAGUCUACCUGGAAGUCCCUCUAGUGGCUAUCUGGUAGACAGCUGCUAGAGGAGGAGUUAACCCUGCAAGGUAAUUAUUGCAAUAAUUACCACUGUAGGGUUAAGGGUGAUGGGAGUUUGCACCCAGAUCACUUCAAUGAGCUGAAGUGGUCUAGGUGCCUACAGUGCCUGUUUAUAAGUGAAUUUCAAAUUUCAGUUAAAAUAGCCAAAUGGGGAGGGGGAAAAAAAAUCUCUCAAUUGUUUCCAGUUUGGCUACUUGGACCUAAAAUUUUGAAAUUCAUGACAAUUCAUACUUUAGAUUGUAAACCUGGCAGAUGUGCAAGAAAACCCCUUUUUAAUGUUUGUCACUCGGGCGCCCAUUUUUCAAAAUACAUAUUGUUAUAAAUUAAGGUAUAUAAUACCUUACUUGGGCCCUGGAUAAAUAAAUUUCUUUUGAUAUGUAUGAACGUCUGAGUAAAGGUUACAAACUAUUUCACCAGUAGUGCCACUCGCAGAAGUGAGAAUUCAAAGUGAAUUUCAAAUUCACAGUCAAAAUAGCCAAACUGGAAAGAAUUUCUAAGCCAGCUAUGCUUACAAUUUUGAUACUUUGGCUGUAAAUGUGAAAUACACUUUGAAUUCUCACUUUAGUAAUUAACCCUGAAUGUAUGUCACGUAAUGAUGUUUUGUCUAUGGAUGCUGAUUUGAAAAUGUUUAUCUUAAAGGAACACUAUAGUCACCUAAAUUACUUUAGCGAAAUAAAGCAGUUUUAGUGUAUAGAUCAUUCCCCUGCAAUUUCACUGCUCAACUCACUGCCAUUUAGGAGUUAAAUCACUUUGUUUCUGUUUAUGCAGCCCUAGCCACACCUCCCCUGGCUAUGAUUGACAGAGCCUGCAUGAAAAAAAACUGGUUUCACUUUCAAACAGACGUAAUUUACCUUUAAUUGUAUCUCAAUCUCUAAAUUGAACUUUAAUCACAUACAGGAGGCUCUUGCAGGGUCUAGCAAGCUAUUAACAUUGCAGGGGAUAAGAAAAUCUUAAUUAAAGAGAACUUGCAAUAAAGAAAGCCUAAAGAGGGCUCUCUUUACAGGAAGUGUUUAUGGAAGGCUGUGCAAGUCACAUGCAGGGAGGUGUGACUAGGGUUCAAAACAAAGGGAUUUAACUCCUGAAUGGCAGAGGAUUGAGCAGUGAGGCUGCAGGGGCAUGUUCUAUACACCAAAACUGCUUCAUUAAGCUAAAGUUGUUCAGAUGACUAUAGUGUCCCUUUAAUGCAUAUAGUAGUAAAGGCAUAAGGAUGUUAAUUCGCUAAAGACCAUAUUGUAAUGAAGUGAAAAUUGAAUUGCAAAAACAGCAUUUUCAAAACUUCUCAAACUUUGCCUUAGUCACAACUUGGCUAUUUUUGCUUAAAUUUUGCCAAUCUGUUAAUUUACUACAGUUCAAUGUUUAGUGAGUCUCAUACAAAUAUUAAGAUUUAGAUCUUUAUUACCAGCACCGUAGCCUGUUAAAAAAAAGACUAUUAUGAAAAACAAUGUUUAUUUUUAUUCUUGUAGCGUCUUGAUGGCAGACAAACCUAUGACUACAGGAAUAUUAAAAUUACAUUUGGAACAGACUAUGGCUGCUGUAUUGUUGAACUUGGAAAAACCAGGUAUGCGUCCUCCAAAAUGAACUCUUGAUGUAUAGAACUAACAUGUGAAAAUUAAGAACCGUUGUGUAUGAUGUAGAGAUUUUUUUUUUUUUAUGUUUACUAAGGAAACGUUUUUAACAAAACCUGCCCGAGAAAUCUUUGUACUCCAAUUCUUGCAUUCUUCCUUUCCAAGAUGCAUCUUAUUUCUUUCUGAUUUGGCUGCAUAUUUUAUGCACUUAUAAACCUCUUAGCAUCAACAGACCUUAUGUCAGGGCUGUUAUAAUAUUGUAGAAUUUGCGUAAUAAUUCAACUGAAAUGGUUAACUGUAAGUGUUUAAAAUGUGCUUCAUACAGCAGGAGUGCACAAUUGCCUCUGAAAGAGUAUCAUGCAAAAAUACAGUUUUGUGUAAAGUGUUCUCAUUGCAAGAUUAAACUCCCGCUAAGGGCAUACUGACAGCCAGCAGAGAUACAUCCGCCAAAAUGAUGGAGUAAAACUCCACAAUUUCAAUCACAUGGUCUCAGACUAUCUGGUACAGUGCAACUUUUGUCUGCACAUGCACACUUGUCUCCCAAUGCUUUCCUAUGUGAAAGCAUUGGAUUGGUUUAGAUUAUCAAUAUCAAUGAUCUCCGCCAAAGAGGCAGAAUGUAACGCAGGAGUAUAGGGCACACUCUUCACAUAAAGCUUUUCAGCAAGCUAAAGUGCUUUAGGGGUCUGGAGUGUCCAUUUAAGCAAAGGUAAGAAUCCCUUACACUAUUUUAAAGUUUGGUAACAAAAUGUAAUCUAGUGUUUAAACAAGUAUAAAUGUGUGAUAACUCGGUUGUCUUGCUACUCCAGUCAUAAUUAGCAUGGUUUUAGUAUAUUGUAUAUGGCUUCUGUGAUCUUUCUUGAUGUAACUGUUUCUAAAAUAUAGAAAAGAUAUUGUUAAAAUUGUCUAAAAAUGUUUACUUUCUGUAUUCAUUUGGUUUUUAAUUUCAAAAAGGGACCAAUGUAUCUAAUUGAGAUGUUUGAAUGUAAGCAAUAUAUAGAACAAAAUAUUCUAUAAUUACCACUAGGGUGCAGCACUACAGUAGGAAAAUUAGAUUUAAUUAGUAGUUUGUAUCUUGGUGAAAACUGUUUAUGCUAAUGUCUGAGAUGUAUAAGGUCUGCAGCAAAAAAGAUGAAAAGAAAAACCCUACUCGCAUAAUUACACCAGGGUUUAUAAAGUAUAUACUGCGUUGUUUUUGUUUGUCAGUAAAAAGGAUUGCCUUAUGCAGACACCUGCACAAUCACUAGCUCUUGAAUACUCACACUCACACAUAACUUAUUAGCCACGUUCACAAUCUACCACCUCAAAUACUCUAAAAAUAAAAAAUAACUAAUUAUACUGACUCACGCAUAAUUACAUAACUAGCCAUAUACCUAAUAUUCAUGUACAUCUGGUCUCGAUAAUGACCCUGUGGUGUCAAAACAUAGAUUUUUGGCAUGUAUAAUGAAAACUGAAUUGUAUUCCUAACAGGCACUAUUUAAUAUUGGUUUCUAUAUUUUACUAGAGUGCUUGGUCAAGUAUCCUGUGAACUUGUUGCUCCAAAAAUGAAUAGACCUACAGAAGGAAUCCUUUUCUUUAAUCUGGAACUUUCAUCUAUGGCAUCUCCAGGAUUUGAAUCUGGAAGGUAAGAUAUAAUUGUCACUCGUAUAAUGUAGUCUAAUGAUAAAUAGGUAUACAACUGAUUUUAUGCACAUAAAACCAUUGUUCAACACAUGGCAUGGUAAGCUAUUCAGUUUUGUGUUGGUGGGUAGCGUGCUUAUCAAUAAAAAGAAGAAAAGGAGGAGAAAAAAAAGUGUGUGUGUAUAUGUGUAUAUAUAUAUAUAUAUAUAUAUAUAUAUAUAUAUAUAAUUAUACACACAAUUUCAAUACAAUGUUAAACAAAAAACUGCACACUAGUCAAGACUUGUUUUUCCCACCCAAAUCACACAUUUGCAGUGAUGUUACUACCUCAAAGGAUUCUGGGUGGGUAUAUGCAAAUUAGUUCAAAGAUUCACAUUUUGCCUCAUUCCAUUUUAAACAUGGAUUCGGUUGAGUCUGUUUGCUGUAUACAACAGCUUUCAAACACAACUUAGGAAAAGAUGCAAUGCCAGUGAACCACUCAUGGACUGCUGUUUCAUUGUUAAUUCAAAUUAUCAGCAUGUGGUUGAUUUUUGGCUUGCAAUUGAGGCUUGGCAGUACUUUUUUUUAUACACUGUUCUGUAAAUGGUGCAACAUGUUUGCCAGACAGGGCAAAAUUACUUAACGUGUCUAAGCGUUUCAUAACUCUUUUGUUGUUGUAGGUCAUCAGAACUGGUGGUAAAGUUAAACAGAUUACUAGAGAGGUGUCUGAGGAACUCAAAGUGCAUAGAUACUGAAUCCCUUUGUAUUGCUGCUGGAGAAAAGGUGAACACAAGAACCAUUUAUAGCUUCUUAAUUAACCCACAAAUUGCUGUCACAAGGACCCGGUGCUUAAGGCCAGUAAUGAAUGUUUUGCUUAUUGGACAUUCUGUUCCAUUCACACUAACCGUAGUUAAUUGAGUGGGUCUUUGUGUUUUGGAAUAAAAUCUUUAAACGGGGCUUCAUUGACCACUGUAAAUCUUACACUUCAUAAACUCUUGUUUUAUCUUUUAAGUAGAUAUGCUCCCAAAGAAAACAUGGAUGUUUCUUUGUAGGUAAAUGAACAAACAGCUUGCAAAAGUUGAAGACCUGCUGUCUGCAGCCUUUGCAUACCCUCCUCUCUUUCCCCAGCACAGACUCUGUAUGCCACGGAAAACACCAAUCGGAGGCUUUUAAGUGAGGAGCCUCUUUGCUGGAGUGCACUCGAUCACUGCUUUCCAGUGUGUCUCAAGGAGCUGUAGUACAGCUAAUUAGCAAGGCAUGCACACUGUAGCUCAGUGCACCUGGCACUUACGUUGGCUUUGUGGAGCUAAUGAAAGCGGAAGAAAACACCUCCCUACUUCAAUUAUAAAAAUGCUGAAUUCUAUUGAUAAAUGGUCAAAAAAUGGCACACCAGACACAAAGCAGUUCAGCUGUUUUCUGAAGAGCUCCUUUAAGCUACCUCUGCAGCUUCCUAUUCUCCUGCCUACAGCGUACUCCCUGUGACAGUACCUCGUGGAAAAUCUUUUUCCUGCUCUUAGGACUGUACAGGGCUUAUACAACUUCUGAUUACUGCAAGAGCUAAAUGAAAUAAUGGGGCAUUGUCAGAUUAAAACUCUGCUUAGAGUUUGGAAAUCUGAUGGUCAGCUCUCACCCUUCAAAGAUACCAUGCAGAGUGUACUUUAAAGGCUACAACAAACAGCCUGCAUGUCUCGUAGACAAGUACAAAUUAUCAAAAAAGUUACCUGUGCGUUAUCCCAAAUCCAUAGGCACUUUUAAAUAAGAGCUUAGUACCAUUCGACUGGCCAUUAAAGUGUAAGCUCACCUGCCACGUCAAGGCAAUUCUCUUAAGUCCUACACUAACAAUUUACCUUGCAGCUUUUAGCUAUGCAGAAUCUCUAAUGGGACAUUAAAAUGAACCCCUACAUCCUACACCUUUUAAUAGGGCACACAUGGGGUGGAUGCAGUAACAUGGCUGUUUUAGUAGAGAAAAAAAUACAAAUACACAAAAUUAAGCUUUACCUUAGAACUCCCAUUAUACUCUUGGGCGGCAGCAAUGGCUAUAUUCAAAUGGAUAUAUAUAAAGGUGAUGUCUUCACUACAUGUUACGUAAUCCCCUUCUGCUUAAAGACUUGUAGGAUAUGCACAUCACACCUUUUAAAAAUAGUUGGAGGUACAGGAUUAUGUGGGGAAAUCCCAUCAGAGUAUUUUUAUAUUGACUUCUCUUUUUUUACUGUAUUAUCUGUAUAAUGCAUUAAAAAGCAAGGCAUACUUUAAGGUGGAAGUUGCUAAAUCUGCUCUAAAAGUUAUUUGUCUGACUCUGCUUUACCAUUCAAAAAGGCGCUGUUUAUGGGGAAUUGCUCCAUUAAACCACUUUCACUAUGCUACCACCCGCGCUGGCUUAUCGCUUGGUAAAAAUAACUCUUAUACAUGCUUUUGUGGGAAACGGAACUUGGCCAAAUAUUCUCAUUAAACACAUGGCAAAGAGUGUUGACCCAAGUACUCAAGUCUUCAUACUGCUUUGUACACUGGGAAACAAACCGGAAAUUACUCACGAGGUGGUACCUGUCCCAAAUAGGCUACUGCAUAUUUGCCCAGACUCUUUAAACAUCUGAUGGACAUGUGGCAAAGAAGUGGGCACCCUAACACACACUUUUUGCAAAUGUCCUACUUUAGACAGACGUUUGAGCACUCAUCGUAAACCUAUCACGUUCACCAUACCUAACUCACCGAAAGCGUUGCUGCUGGAUAUUUUCCCUCACACAAUGAAAGGGCCAAUGAGGUCCUCCUACAACACAUUAAUAGCCUCUAAAGCAACAAUUGCAUACCAUUGGAAAUCUAAGAAAAUCCUUUCUAUUACAGACAUUAAAUCUUGAGUUGAUGUGGUGAAACAAUACAUAGAAAUGAGUCACCAUUUCCUAGGCUUCUUUGACAAAUUCAAGAAAGCAUCGACUUUGUGGUCCUAACCAAACGAGUCUCCCAGAGAGCACCACUGGGGUCUCCCACUCACUCCCUUCUACUUCCCUUCUUUCCAAUCACUCCUGCCUUUCUCCUGCAAUUGAACAGUUUGUACACCUACCUUCAAGUACCAGAGACACACAGGGCCCUGACCUGUAGAUGCACAGUUACAAGCAAGGGAAUCACUGGUGCCUCAAAUUUCUAAUGAUUUCACCCGUAAGUGCUUAGUAACAUUUAUUAUGUUGAAUGUUAACAAGUUCUUUGAUGACAAAUGCUAUAUCAGUGACUGUGCUUGCCACGUUCUAUUAAUAUGACUUGUACAUUUGUAUCUGUUGUAUCCUGGUGUAUACUCCCCCUUCAUUUUCUGUGAUUGUCUUUAAAUGGGAAAAUCUAUAAAGAAUUAAACACUGAAAAAAAAGAUAUUUGUACUGAAGUACAAUAUAAAUUUACCGUAUAUAUAUAUAUAUUAGCGUAUAAGUCGACCCGAAUAUAAGUCGAGACCCCUAAUUUUACCCCAAAAAACUGGGAAAACGUAUUGACUCGAUUAUAAGACUAGGGUGGGAAGUGCAGCAGCUACUAGUGAAUUUCUAAAUAAAAUUAUCCCCCCAAAAUUAUAUUUAUUGAAUAUUUACAGUGUGUGUGUGUUUUGCAGAGCUUUGGUGGUGGGCAUUUUUUUUUAAAAUUUUAUUAUUUAUAUUUUCUUCGUCCACCCCCCUUUCCCUGCGUGAUACAUGGCAGGGAGGGGGGGCUCUCAUUCCAUGGUGGUCCAGUGGAUGGGCUGUGUAGGAAGGGGGCUGGCAGAGAGCUGUAACUUACCUUUCCUGCAGCUCCUGUCAGCUCCCUUCUCUCUCCUCUGGUCUGGUCAGCUCCACUGUAAAGUCUCGCCAUGUAAAUGCCACGGGGAGCGUUGCCACAGUAACCCGUGGCAACGCUCUGACCCCGCGGCUCUCGCGAGACUUACAGUGGAGCUGACAGGAGCUGCAGGAAAGGUAAAUAACCGCUCGCUGCCAGCCCCCAACAGGACCGCUGGGCUUGCAAUGAGCCCGGCGGUCCUGGUCUGUAUUAUGGCAAUGUAAGUUGUCAUAAUACAGACAGUGACUCGAGUAUAAGACGAGUGAGGGUUUUUUCAGCACAAAUAUACAGUGUACUCAAAUAUACGGUAAUUACUAUUUUACCAUACUAACAAGAUCACAAAUGUAGCAGUGCAGUUAUUCACUACUUACUUUGCUAACUUGAUUAGUAAUACUGAGUAAUAUUUUGUAAAAAAAAAAAAAAAAUUUGUUUGUUUAAAAAAAGGAACUCCUACGGAUAGUAUUGCAUGAAUUUUUUUUACUUGAGUAGCAUCUGUAAAAUACUUUGAUUCCUAAUCAUAAACGUGUUUGUUUUGUUUCGUCAAAAUUAUAAGCAGCAGAGAAAUGUUAAAACACAAUUUAUGAUAAGAUAUGGAAUCCACUUCCUCUGGUAUUGCCUUAUAUCCAUUAUUCAAUUCAUGAGAGGACAACUUAUAUCCAUACUCCACACUCACAGAAUAUAUAGUUUAACAUAUUUUAUUAGUCACAUUAUAAAAAGUAGGGUAAUUAUACACACAUUUGCAUAACAUGCAAUAAUCAUGCAUGCUCUGAAUACUUAUUCGAAUUUGGGGAAUGUAAAUAUUUUUUUUAUUUUUCCUCCUAUAUUCAUCUACAGGUGUGGCAAAUACGUGUCGACCUUCAUUUGCUGAAUCAUGAAGGAAACAUCAUAGACGCAGCGAGCAUUGCUGCAAUUGCAGCACUCAGUCAUUUCAGGAGGCCUGAUGUGUCCGUUCAAGGUGAAGAAGUCACUGUGGUGAGUUCUAAAUUAUAAAUGUAACUUUUCCAUAGAGCAUGAGUCCUUAUUAUGUAAAGCGUCCAUGUGUUUUUACCUCGUUGUUAGAGUGAAUAAUGUGCAGAAAGUACGUUUUCCUACAACCUUGCACAAAAAUUGCCUAAAUGUAAUGCAUGUGGGCACAAAUGACUGGGUUAUCAACUAUAAACUCAAAUAAAGUAGACCUAGUAUUUAAUGUCCUAUUUGUUAAAACAGUUAUCCACCUUUCUGAGAGUGAUGAUGCACACAUAAAAAGAUAUCAAUAAAAGCCUUUUACUAAUGAGUUGCUUGAAGAUCCGUCUGCAAUGUGUUGUUGAUGAAAGGUCCCUAGCUUUACAAGCAAAGCAUAUCUUUUCUAUAUUUUUAUUUACCUGCAAAAGCAGUGUUGAACUAUAGUAUGUUAUCCGUAUCCUGUGCGUUAUUUAUUUCUUUUGUACACUUGUACUUCUUUAAACCUACACCUUGCCAUAAUGACUGCCGAAAACAAAAUAUCUUAAUUCCUGCUGCAAUAUAUUACCAGGCAAUCCAUGCCAGCUUCCUUCAACCCUUUAGUUAGUCUUUACUACCUGGAUUGAUGUGCAAAUGGACUAUUGCACUGCAAUGUUAAAUUGUCAGAUGACCCCUAGAUUACGUAAGAGUGAAGCCAAUAAACUCUCUCUCUGUAAUGCUAGUUUAAUUAUCAUAUUUAUAUAUGUAUUUUUUUUUUAUUUAUUUAUUUUUUUUAGUACACGCCAGAGGAGCGUGACCCUGUUCCUCUCAGCAUUCAUCACAUGCCAAUAUGUGUCAGCUUUGCAUUUUUUCAGCAAGGGUAAGUAGAGGUGUGUAUAUAUAUAUAUUAUGCAUUUAUUUUUCCCAUUCAUUGACUACAGUCUGUUUUGCAUUUGUAAUCGCAAAGCAGUGACAGUGUACUAAGAGCACAAACAUUUGCAGGUAUUACAUCUGCUAAUAGAGGUUAGAGAUACAGACUGACCUUCUUGCAAAGAUCACUGGGCUGCAACCAGGAAGCUGCUCUAGGGCUGCCAGAGAGAUUACUUUGCUGAAACUACAAGGACUAUGUCUUUGCUGCUGUGCUGGUGUUUAAUGGAUGGAUUUAUUGGAUGGUAUUGAUUAUGUAUGUAUGUAUGUAUGUGUGUGUGUGUGUAUGUGUAUAUAUGUAUGUGUGUGUGUGUAUAUGUAUAUGUGUAUAUAGUUGCACUGUUUGAUCCUGAUGAAGGUCCCUGUGUGGACCGAAACGUUGUUUGUUCUUGUUUCUUGGAUGGAAUAAACCACACUUUAUAUUCAGAAGUCCGUGAGUGCAGCCUGCUUUGCUUCGUUUACUACAUUUAAGGUCCCUAAAGACUGGCACCCGGCAAGCCUAAUAAGGCAUAUUGGACUACAUUAAGCGUGAGUGCAAGGAAUUUUCUAUUGUGUGUGUGUGUGUGUGUGUGUGUGUAUGUAUGUAUGUGUAUAUAUGUGUGUAUAUAUAUAUAUAUAUAUAUAUAUAUAUAUAUAUCUCUCUGUCUCUAUCCCAGUAAAUGGAAAGCACUCCAGGGUCUUUGAGGUAUGGUAAAAUUUAACUUUUAAUUCAUAAAAAAAAAUAAAACCAACAUCAACGUUUCGGCUCACAUCUGGAGCCUUCUUCAGGAUGACAAACGUCAUGUGUGUGUGCUACCUAUCUUUUGAUCUAUCUGGAUAAAAUGUUAAUGUUCAGUUAAAUUAACAUUUUAUCCAGAUUUUCCUUUGUAAUUUGCUGAUCAAAACUGCAUUCAGACUUUAAAGAGUAACCCUGAUCAGGUCUAUCUUAGCUUUACAAAUUUACAAAAAAACAGCAUUGGAAAACCAGAAAAUAUACUUUUAUACCGCUUGUAGUAAAACAUAAACUGGUCAUCUUGGGUGUUCCAUGCAGCCGUUGUGACUGGGGAGGGGAAGGUAAAAGAUCUCUGGGCACGCGAACAUCAAUCUCUAAAAUGUUGUAGACUACUCUAUUUAUCUUUUUCCUUGUAAUCUAAGGACUAGGUGAAUUGCAAUAUCUAUUGGGCCAAAACUAUAUUUCGAGGUGGCAUUGAGAUCUUUUUGUUUUAUUGUAGUUUAGCAUUGGGUCACUGAACCUUUUCUUUAUAUUACUACCGCUAGGAUUUAGUUACUUUUGUGUUGGAGUCCUGAAGUCUUUAAUUUAUUGAAAGUGUUGACUUAAACAAGGGGGGUGGUAACCAAGAUAGAUAACAAAUUUGGGCAGCUACAUACCAGCAAGCGACUUGGCAGAUAGAAAAAAAAUAUAUUGCAUGUGCGCUCCACAAAUAAUUAGAGGAAACAAAAGAACGUUCCUAUAAAAUAUAUAUACUUUUUUUUAAUAAAAAAAUACCACCUGAAACAAUGAAAAACAAUUACCCUAGAUAUAUUUAAUAACUCUUAGGUGGGACAUAUAACACACUAAAUAAACAAUGUAUCCAAUUUUAACAUUGGUUCAUAUACUUCCCAAAAACUGCAACAGUUUCAACUAAUACAGAAGCAGCAUGUUGCAUUCCAAAGGGAAAGUCCAUGUGAACACAAAUGGCAACUAAAUGUUGCAAAUCUUAGUGAAAAACCCUUUUAUAACAUUGCAUGUAAAUUGUAUAAAAACUGUAGGUAAUGUUAGAUACUGGAUAAAUACCCCUCUCUAAGAGAAAAAUUAUCAAAUAUAUAUUUUAUAGGAAUGUUCCUCUAAUUAUUUGUGGAGUGCACGUGCUAUAUAUUUUUAGUUAAGUGUGCCAAAUUUUAGAAAAUGCUUUCAAACUAUCCAGAUAUGCUUCCUAAUCUGGGUCAAACUGCCCAAUGUAAAUGGUCUACAUACAGUAAAUGUUUGAGAAGGGGGUGCAUAACUUAGAUAGGAACAAGUCAUAUCAAUACCCCUGCUUCCUUGUGUCUGGCCCAUUUAAAUUGUCAAUAGGUGAUUAUCUUCUAGACUCUAAAAGCUUGUGUGUGCCCUCUGGGUGUGUCUGUAAACAGUAAGCACCAUCACACAGCUUCAUGUAAAAAGCACCUCUUCAUUUGUAAAUCUUGUAUAUUCAGUGGUGUAUUUGAAGAGUUCCAUUCGUUUAAAUAUAAACUGAUCACAUUCUGAAUACAUGUGCACAGUACCAGGUUUUUGAUUCAUUGAAUUGACUAUUGGCCCUUUUUUAUUUUUUGUUUUAAAGAAAUGGUUUAUUUGCUGUUAAAUCAAAGUGUAGAGAUGUAAUCCUAGUGUAUGUGAUCUGUCACGUAAAAUCUGUUAAACUUUUUGUAACAGUUUAGUUUUUAAUGUUUGGCUUUAGGACAUACUUGUUGGUGGAUCCCAGUGAACGCGAAGAGCGGGUUAUGGAUGGGCUGCUUGUGAUCGCUAUGAAUAAACAUCGGGAAAUUUGCACCAUUCAGUCAAGUGGAGGCAUCAUGUUACUGAAAGAUCAGGUGAUCUAAUAGUAUGGGCACACUGACUGCCCAGAUUAUAUGGAAAACUAAUCUACAUAUAAGGAUUUCAAGAAAAUAAGUUUUUCUUUCACACUUUCUCGAUUUUAAAUAGGAUUAUGCAUAAUUGAAUCACUAUGUAUGUAUGUAUGGACAUAUAUUCCCCAAGGUUCCAUUCUCUGCCCCCGACUAUUUACAUUAUUUAUAAAUGAUCUGCCUAAUGUCUGCAAAUCCUCAAAUGUACGCAGACAACACAGUAAUCUAUGCGAGCAAAUCCGAUCUACCGCAGCUUGAGGCUGUGCUCCAAGACCAGUUUACAGAGGUAGAAAAGUGUAUUGCAAAAAACAAACUCUUCCUAAACCCUGACAAAACUGUCAUAAUGAUCUUUGGAACAGUACCUAAAUUACACAAGAAAGCGGCCCGAUCCUCCUUUUCCUACAGAGCACCGUAAUUAUGGAACGACCUCCAGCACACUUUCAAAUCUUCCCCAAGCCUAAAGUCCUUUCACUCUCUCUACAUAACUCAAAACAAAAUGCACGUGUUAUGGUUGAUUAUAUAUUUCCUACCUGUUCUAUGUUAAAUUUUGUAUUCUAUUGUACCCUAAUGUAUCAAUGCAAUAUUUUGUGGACCCAGGACAAACUUGAAAACGAGAAAAAUUGCAAUGUAUUUUUCCUAGUUAAAUAUUUUAUAAAUAAAAAAAAAUAUUGUAUUGGGACACAUCUUUUAUGCAAUUAAGGUGUUUCAAUCAGACCUAUUGCUACAGGUGUAUAAAAUCAAGCAUGUAGCCAUGCUGAUUAUACUAAGAUAUGUAACAGGGUUGAUGUUCCAGGAGGGUUAAGCCAAAUGGCAAAUGAUUUAGGUAAACUAGAAAAAUGGUCAGAAUUGUGGCAACUGACAUUUAACGUGGAUAAGUGCAAGAUGAUGCAUCUUGGACGUAAAAACCCAAGGUCAGAGUACAGAAUAUUUGAUAGAGUCCUAACCUCAACAUAUGAGAAAAGGGAUUUAGUGGUGAUUAUUUCAGAUGACUUAAAGGUAGUCAGACAAUGUAAUAGAGCAGCAGGAAAUGCUAGCAGAAUGCUUGGUUGUAUAGGGAGAGGUAUUAGCAGUAGAAAGAGGGAAGUGCUCAUGCCAUUGUACAGAACACUGGUGAGACCUCACUUGGAGUAUUGUACACAGUACUGGAGACCGUAUCUUCAGAAGGAUAUUGAUACCUUAGAGAGGGUUCAGAGAAGGGCUACUAAACUGGUUCAUGGAUUGGGGGAUAAAACUUACCAGGAAAGGUUAAAGGAUCUUAACAUGUAUAGCUUGGAGGAAAGACGAGACGGGGGGGAUAUGAUAGAAACAUUUAAAUGGAUUUGGCGGAUGCCAGGAGAAAGUUGCCUGACUGCAUUUCCUGUACCAACUCCAAAGUUUGGUGGAUGAGGGAUAAUGGUGUGGGGCUAGGCCUCUUCAUUCCAGUGAAGGGAAAUCUUGAUUUCAGCAUACCAAACAUUUUGGACAAUGCUAUGUUUCCUACUUUGUGGGAACGGUUUGGGGAAGGCCCAUUUCUAUUCCACCAUGGUCCAUAAAGACUUUGCUGGAUGAGUUUGGUGUGGAAGAACUUGACUGGCUUUGACCUUAACCCUGUCAAACACCUUUUGGGAUUGACUUGAACAGAUAUCGUGAGCCAUGCCAUUUUCGGGCUAGCUAGCACCAGUUCUUUUCAUAUUGGACAUCUGUCGUCCGCAACAGGCAUCCAAUGGUGACACAACUCCGAUGUCCUCCACUAAGCCUUUCUUUCCAGACAUCCCUCCCCCUUCAACAAGGAAAUUGAUGUCAGCAGAGAAGAACUGGCCUGCAGGGACAACAUGGCCUCAGCAGCAGUAGUUUUGGAGAGGGGUUCUGGAUAGGACCAAAAACCGCAAUUUAUUGAAACACUGACUUUUGGUUAACCAUUCCGAUGCUCGUCAAGCACUUUAUACCUGUGCGCUAUAAGUUUGAGUAAAUGACCUCCUAUUUUCUGCUAUAUGUCUAUUAAUUGGAAUCUCAACAUAUACAUUGCCUUGUUUGUUUUCUUGUUUUUUUUGUUUGUUUUUUCUACUGUUUUACCUAAUUGUGGAUAUGUGGUUUUAGCAGUAGCUGUUGGUCAAGUUUUUUUGCUGCCAGUGUGUAUUUAUAAAUGACAUCUUAUGUCUGUAUCUUUCACCAUUCAUGGUACAAACAGGUUUUGAGAUGCAGCAAGGUAGCUGCAGUGAAGGUAGCAGAGAUAACAGAACUAAUACAGAAGGCUCUGGAGAAUGACAAAAAAGUCCGGUAAGUUCUCUGUCAAUGCUGCAUUUCCCAUUCUUGCCAUAACAUUGAGGUACCUAUGAUAAACAAUUUAUAUUUCAAAUAAAAUACCAGUUUAGGAUACAUUUACUAAUUAAAAAAAAAAAAAAAAACACAAGCACAAAUGCAGAGUUAAAGUGAACUCUAAGCACCAAAACCACUGCAGUUUAUUGUAAUGGUUACAGUGAAGGUGUUUUGGAAUAGUUUUGUCACCGUUUUCAAGCAGAUUGACAGAAAACUGGGCACUCCCAUUCCCCAAAACACUGCUGUCUUGAAUACUGCCUUGACGGAAGUUAGUUUCACCUCCUCCUUACACAUACAGAUCCUAUUAAAUUUGAAAAGCAAUUAUAGUCCGCGAGUGCUGCUUAUUUUUUUUUUUUUUUUUUGCAUAUUUUUUUCCAUAUUUAAAUGCACUUUCACUGGUUAUUAAAGGACCACUAUAGUCACUCGGACCACUUCAGCUCGAUGAAGUGGUCUGGGUGCCAGGUCCCCCAGGUUUUAAUCCUGCAGCUGUAAAGAUAGCUGUUUCAGAAAAACUAUGUUUACACUGCAGGGUUAUUCCAGCAUCUAGUGGCUGUCGUACUGACCGCCACUUCCCCAAAGCUCAAUGCGAAAAUCUCAUUGAGCACGCAGAACGUCCAUAGGAAAGCAUUGAGUAAUGCUUUCCUAUGGGCAUCUUUAAUGCGUGCGCGGCUCUAGCCGUGCAUGCGCAUUCAGCUCCACUCGGGAGUUGAUGUCGGAUGGAGAUGAGAGGUCACCAGCGCCGAGGGAGCGCUGGAUAAAGGUAAGUGGCUGAAGGGGUUUUAAUCCCUUCAACACAGCGGGAGGGAGACUCUUGAGGGUGGGGGGGAUCUAAGGAUUAUAUAGUGUCAGGAAAACAAGUUUAAUUACUUGAUAUUUUUUAUUUGAUAUUUAUGACUGACCUAUGCAAUAGAAUUACAAUAAUGUUAGUAUUUUAUUGUGGUGAGCUUACUUUUAUUAAUUAUGUUUGCUACUUUUAUCCUUUUGGAUUGGUGUAUAGGAAAGAAGGUGGAAAACAUGGUUUUGCAGAAUCCAUACCAGAUCAGCGAAUAACUGUCCUAAAAAUGGAAAAAGCCCCUGUAGAUACAUCAGAUGUGGAAGAAAAAGCUGAAGAAAUAAUUGCCAAAUCUGAGCCUCCAUCAAAUAUGUAUCCUUCACACCAACUGUAAUUAUUGAUGCCUUCCUAUGUGACUUUUAUUCUUAAAGUAAACUUAUCAUCCUCAGAUGAUGUGGGGGAAAAAUUGUAUAUUUGAGUAGACCUAUACUUAGUUUACUCUAUGCAUUGUGCUGGCAAAAUUCUCAGCAAGUUGUUAGAAUAGAAUAUAUGUGAGGGGAAGCUGUGCGCUCAGCCAACGUGCAUCCAAAUAAUGUUUGGCACACCACAAUUCUUAGCAUCACAUGUACUCUGUAUGCCAAAAACAUGAACUCAAAAAGUCAUGAGUCAGUAUUGCUUUAAUAAGGACUAACGUUAAAACUACACGUUUUGCUAGCACUGCCUUUUAAGGUGACUUCCUUUCAUAUAUUUUCCAUGACUGGUGCGCUUUAAAGGAACAUUGUAGAUUAGUGUUCAUCCUAUUUUAAAAUGAAAUAAAUAUUACAAAUAUCCCUGGCUUCCUCUUAGUUUUUAGUGAGAGUGCUGAGUUGAUCCCAUGAAGUCCUGUCCAACGCUUUGCUUUGAGACAGUUGAGCAGGGUUUUGGAAAUGUCUGCACUUGUAAACAUUGGAAUGCAGAAAGGCAGAAGGGGUCUCGUGGUCUCCACAAUUCUAUUUUCCAGCAAUUUUAAUAAACCGUCCUAAAUCUAAAUUAAUAAAAAUGUCUGUUUAUAAGCAUUAGAAAUUAAGAUGCAUGGUACGUUUUUGGGGCUUAACCUUAACUGUCACUAGUGUAUCCAAACCAGUGAUUUGGGCAGAAGGCACUGCACAGAUUGGAGAGGGUUUAGAGAAUGCAUGGGGAGAGCUUGAGGAAUCAGAUGAUGAGGAGGAGGAGGAGGAAGUGGAUCAACAGGAUGAAAUUGCUGCAGUGGCAGAAGAGGAACCAUCUUUGAAAAAGAAAACCAGCAAAGGUGAGUAGUGAUUUAGAUGUUCGCAAGCCCACUAUUUCAGUGGUGACUUUUAUAUAUGCAGAAGGCAGGUAAAAACCCCUUUAUACAGAAAUAGUUUUACUUAUGAGUAAUAAAACCAUUCUUAUGUUCCUCAGAUGAUGUUAUAAUGCUGUCAGACAGCGAAGAGGAUGAAGUCGUAAUAUUACAACCUGAUAAACCAUCACAAACCAGGUAAAUACAAGCACAAACUAAAAUUCAAAUUCUAAAGUGAACUUGGACCCACUGAAUAAAUAUUAUUUAAAGUGAAUUUACAAAAAAGAAAUGUACUAUUUAAUUUUUACUAAUCCCAGGUUACUGUGUGAAAUGUAAUAUUUAAUAUAGGCACUUUCUUAUCUCUCAGGAUACAGGAGCAGGACUUUCUAACAAGCUUUAAUGUAUUCCAAACUAGGUUAAUCUUGAAUCGAUCUGUUUGUUUUGGGCUCAAAUCACGUUCAUGCAAGGGGAAAAAGACUGAUACAAAAUCUAGCCUUUGGUUGAGUCAGAAGGUCCAAAGACCUGUCAAUAAGUGUUUUAGUGGGGUUAGAGAACAGAGGGCAUACAUGAGCCCACUUAAUAGAAGAAAAGCCGUAGGACCACUCAACACCCAAAAAGCACUUCAGUUAACAGAAGCAGUAGAUGCUUGCCUUCUCCCUAUUCCUUACCACAGACCAUCACAAAAGCUCUUUUUAGAUAUACCCCCAAUGAGACAACACGCAGCAAAAAAAAUGAAUGCAUGUUGUCAGUGGGAUUAUAUCCACUAAAUAGUGACCCUCCACCAGCAGUUGUAAACAUUGCAAAACAAAAAAUGUGAAGUGUGUCAUAUCUAAUAUUACUUGGUGUAAUUUUAACAGGAUCACGAUCAAGCACUUUUUGAUUGGGGAAAAAAAAUGAAGCAAGGGAUGCAUGUAUCAUAUAAACUUAUCAUAACAAAGCGAUUGCUUUGCGGACAAAUUUAAAAAUGUUAUUUAUGUAAAUUUGCACCAUUGUUGUUUUUCACUUUUUCGUUCAUUCUUUAUAAAAAUAUUUGGGAAAUGGAAAGCUUUUGAUAGUAUACAGUGUCCUUUAUUUUGCAAUAUUUCACAGAGUUUGACAUACUAGUAUAAAAGCUAAAAUGCAAUUGUUUUGUCACAUACUAUAGAUGUGGCAAAAAAGAUAAAUACAAAUGGUCAAAUAUCUUGCUUGUAGGUAUUUGUAAGGACUGUAUUACUAGCUUUACAGCAUACAUAAAAUUGCAACAGAAUUUAAAAAGAAUGUUUAUAUUAUAUUUAUCAAAUAGAGGGAUUUAAGAAAGCCAUAACAAUCUUUAUCGCUAUCUGGACUGCUAAUCUAAUGUGGACUGGUAGAAAUCAAACACACUCACACUCACUCUUGGCUUUAUCACAUGUCAUAACUUCAAUCUCUCAAAUGCUAUAUUUCUUUUUCAGAAAAGCUGCAGCUGUCGCAGAAAAAGAAUCUGCUAUUCAAAAAAAGACAUCCAGCACGAAUAAGAAAAAAAAGAAAUCCAAUCGAUAGUGUGGUGGAUUAUUUUUCUACACUCUAUAGGAUAUUAGUACCUUGUCUUCUUUGGUUAAAGGAUCCCAGCAAGUGAGAUGUUUCCUCCCUUAAGUGAAGAAUGGGAAAUGUGCUCUGUAUAAGUAGUUCAUUUGUUCUGCAUGUGGCCAAAUUACCGAUACAGGUUUGAUCUCCAAGGACCUUAAACAAGUCACAUUUGGCCUGCUAGGCUUAUGUAUUCAACUAUUGUGUGUAGUUUAUUGCAGUCUUUGCUCUUUCAGCCUGCUGCAUACACUACCCCAAACUCAGUUUAGUUACUAAAUCGUGACUUGUGGUCAGUUAAUAAAGUGAAAAAACAAAAUGAGGAAAUCGAAGGACGAAAAUAAAGCUUAUCUUCUCUUGCAGCGUGGUAUAUCACAGUCAGUCACUGAUUAGAAAAGAUUUGACUAGAGCAGUGAUUCUUUUAGCACUGCCAGUGUUGACUGGACCUAAAUAAAAAAAAAAAUUGGCUGACACUGGAUAUUUGUCAACUAUGUUUCCCUAUUUUCCAAAGUUAGCCAUUGCCAUCUUUAAUGAGACACAAUAGGCAUCAAAACAAUGUUGGCUUAAUGAAGGAGUUUUGGUGUAUAAAUCAUGUCCCUGCAGUCUCACUGCUCAAUCUUCUGCCAUUUAGGAGUUAAAUCGCUUUGUAUAUAAAGCCAUAGUCACACCUCCCUGAAUGUGACUUGCUAAGCCUUCCCAAACACUUCCUGAAAAGUGAGAUUGAAUGUUUUAAACUUCCUUUAUUGCACAGUGUUUAUUUAGAAUUUAUCUCCUGCUCUGUUAAUAGCCUUCUAAACAAUAGAGGAGCCUCCUCUUUAAUUUAGAGGGACACUAGUCAACAGAACAAUUACAGCUUAUUGUAUUUGUUCUGGUGAGUAGAAUCAUUUCCUUCAGGCUUUUUCCUGUAAACACUGUCUUUUCAGUGAAAGAGCAGUGUUUUACAUUACAGCCUAGUGAUGACUAGAUGGCUGCUAAAGCUGAUUCCUUGGGCAGUGCUGCAGAGUAAGCAGCGCUGCCAUUCAGUGUCUCCACCCACUGUAUGCAAACACUGAACUUUCCUCAUAGAGUUGCAUUGAUUCAAUUCAUCUCUAUGAGGAUAUGCUGAUGGGCCAGAGCUAUGUUUGACUUGUGCUGGCUCUGCCCCUGAUCUGCCUCCUUGACAGUCUCAGCCAAUCCUAUGGGGAACCAUUGCAAUUGACUCAGACCACCAUUUCUGCUGAUGUCAGCAGACAGAGGCAGUUCAGAGGCAGCAGCUUCAGACUUGAAUACAAGUAAGAUUUUACUAUAUUUAGUGCUCUUGACUCUAUAGGGUUCGCUUGAAAGUUCAAUAUACAGACAGGAAAAAAACAUUUACAACAAGUUAACAUCUGAUUGAAAAUGAAGAAAAAUUUUCAUGGAGUAGAGUCAUGGCUAGGGCUGCAUGUACAGACAGUAAAAAUGAUUUAACUCCUAAAUGGCAGAGAUUUAAGUAGUGAGCAUGUAAGGGCAUCUAUCCAUAAAAACUGCUUUAUUGUGCUAAAGGUGUUUUGAUCCUUUAACUGAAAGGCUUCCACAUGCUCCAAAUGAUAACACAACUGUAUUAUUACACUGUGAUGUUUUGUAGAAAUCUAUACUGUUUAUAUAAUCUUUAUUUUUGUAAAUUAUCAAAUCCGAUGGGGAGAUAAAUAUGGAUGCUCAGAGUGAACACCAAGUUACGAGCUGAAUUAUAAUAAAGUUUUUGGUAUUGAAAUUCUGCAGCAUGAUUUGCCUAAAUAUUUUAUUGAUGUUUGCUUGUCGUCUAUGCCAGCAAUAAACGAAGACUUUCUUUAUCUACAAGGUAACUUUUCUGACCACAUAAAAUAGGUGGCUGAAUUUAUAGCAACCUGUUAUGAGGUUCAGUGUGCAUUUAAAAAAAAAUAAAAAGAUAUUUUUAUGGAAAUUGCAUCUUAAAGCUAACCUUUUGAGCCAA